AUGAGCCUCAAUACCGAACUCGCGGGAGUGAGCGACAACUUCUACGACAAUGCGCCACAGUCUAUCACUGAUCCCAUCAAGGAAUCACUUGAGAACCUGAAGGCUGCGUAUGAUCCGAGAACCGCCAUCCAAGUUGGUGCUGCCCUCCCAGACUUCACCUUGACGGACGCCCUUGGCAAGGCCGUUUCCAGCAAGACUCUCCUCGCCAAUAGGCCCAUGCUCAUUACCUUCUACCGUGGCGAGUGGUGCCCCUUCUGCAACCUGCAGCUCGCAUCUCUCCAGAAGCACCUUGCUGAAUUCGAAGCUAAGGGUGUCUCCCUCGUGGCCGUUACGCCCGAGCUACCCACUGAGACACUUUCCACGACAGAGAAGCGAGGCCUUAAGUUCACUGUGCUCUCUGAUGUAGGCAACAAGUACGCACAGAUGCUAGGUAUUGUGUGGAAGAUGCCUGAGACCUUGAGACCGGUAUUUAAGAUUUUGGGGAACGACCUCGUUAAGUCCAAUGGUGAUGAUUCUUUCGAGUUGCCUAUACCAGCGUCGUUGUUGGUGGAUGGAAAUGGUGUGGUGCGAAAGACAUUUGUGGAUCCGGAUUUUACCAAGAGACUUGAACCCGAGACAGCGCUGGAGUGGAUAGAUACUCUGUAA